AUGGAUUAUUAAGAAUUAUAUGAAUUGCGCAAAAAAAUUGUGGAUUGGAAAAAGAAUCCAAAAGAAACAAUUAAUAUCUUAAAAUAAUUAGAGUAAGCUUCACUUAAUUUUGAAGCUGUAAAUAAAUCAAAGAUAUAAAAAACUAUACAUACUCUUACAACAGUUGAUGAUAAAAGUGAACCUUUAGCUGCAACAAUAAAAGUUCAAGCAUCUAUAAUUCAAGAUAAAUUAAAAAAGUUAUCUCAAAAUAAAUCAAUUGAAAUUAGUAAGGUGGAGAAACAAAGUGAGAAGAACCAAGAAAUCAAAAUUUAAAAAUAGAAUAGUGUAUAAACUAUUUAAAGUAGUAAAUCUUUACCUGAUAUUGAUUUAUUCUCAAAUUAUAAAGUUCCUUAGCCAUCAUAUGUUGAUCGUAUAAAAUAUUUAACAGCAAUUAGUAAAUUAUUUAUUCUAAAUAUCUAAACAUUUAAAAAUCAAGAUGAUUUAAGCGAUUCAGAUUAUUAAAUAAUAAAAGAUUGUGUAGAAAAAAUGGAAAAAGCAAUUUAUUAUAAGAGAUAAACAGAGAACAGUUCAAGAAAAGCAUAUGAAUAAGAUAUUAAAAUUUUAGCGGGCUUUUUGAAGAAAGAUAAGAAUGGUUCAUUAACAUAUAGAAUUUUUACAUAGGUGUUUGAUCCUAUAGUUGCAGCAUAAUUAAAGUAUUAUAAUAAUAAAUUAGAGCUGCUGAUUGGGUUGAUGAUGAAACUAAAUAAGAAUAAAGUAGAAUAAUAAAAGAAAAAAUGGAAGCAGAGUAAAUAGGAUUUUACAAAGAUUUAAGUAAAAGAGAAAUGGAAGGUGUUGAAGGUAAAAUGUGUAAAGGAUGUGGAUAAAAAAAAGUAUAUUUAGUUGAUGAAAAAUAAACAAGAGCAUCAGAUGAACCAACUACUAAGUUUUUCGAAUGUUAUAAUUGUGGAGAUAAAUUUAGAAUAUGUUGAAUUCAAU